AUGCAAGCAGCAUUUACGCGCGCGUCGCAGUUGAUACUAGUGUCUCGGAGGUCACGGUACCAAUAUUAAUAUUACAAGGAAAAUUAACAUGUCUUUAAAAGUGUUCGCGUGCGUUAUAUAUGCGUUCCUAUGUACCGCUAACGCCGCCGGUGUUCGACAUAGAUCUAAUCAAAUACAACCGCUAGAUCAAAACAUUAACUUUGCAGCGUUUGGUGCAGUGAACUUAAGGCACAAUGUGAAUAAUUUGGCUGAUAGCGAGCGGCCGUUGGUCAAAGAUGUCAACCCUCAACCAGAACCACCGCCGAUCAACGAGCGGUACCCUUCGGCGGUGCUGUUCGGGAGGACCUGUGGGGGCACCAUCAUCAGUCCCACGUGGAUCCUCACCGCUGCACACUGCACGCUGUUCACCGGUGGUCGCGAUGUGCUCGCCGGCACCAAUAAUACGGACAACGACACGGGCGUACGGCGCCGCGUGAAACGACUAGUCAUCCACCCUAAAUUCACCGUGGGCCCAUACUGGGUCAAUGCUGAGGCAUUCGGCAUCAAACAAGUCGGAGCCCACUGGGACUUCCUUCUCGCCGAGUUGAAGGAGCCUCUGCCUCUGGACGGCAAGACGAUGGUCGCGGCACGUUUGGACGACCGCGCCAGGAUACCCGCUGGAGAAGAGGUCGGCUAUGCAGGCUACGGCGCAGCAGUACAUGGGGACACGAUGCGCGAAGACAUGCACGCCAUGGACCUCGAGGUGCUCGACGAUAGCGAGUGCGCCUCACUGAUCGAGUUUGACAAAACAGACAUGAUCUGCACGAAGGGACGCCCACCUCGUUUUGACUCUGCCUGCAAUGGCGACAGUGGCAGUGGACUGAUCAGCCGCGGCGCCGUCAUAGGAGUAGCGUCGUGGGUGGAAGACGACGCGACGACCUGUCGCCCCGGAGCCAGGGUUAUCUUCUCAAGGGUGGCCGCUGUACGCGACUGGAUCAGACAAGUUACAAAGUUAUAAAUAAGUUAUUUGCCGUUGCUUAAGUUUGACACCAUGUAAGUCAUUUAUGGCGGUUUUAACAUUUCGAAGCCAUUGCUAUUUGCUAAACAAUCGGAAGACGUGUCGUUUGGCCAGUCAGAAACAAGAAAACGUCUAACAUAAAUUUUAAAAGAACUAAAGCAACUGCAGGUGUCCAUAACAACCUAAACCUCUGGAAACAGAAAGUUUAUGUAUUUAUUUUGCGAUAAAGUUGCUAAUUUUGACUUACGUGGUGUUAGAACUAAAACGACACAUUAUGUGAAUAAUAUAAUAAUUACUUUUACUAAUGUAAAAUGCUAAAGAAGCGCGACGUAUAUAUGUAACUCAAAAAUGUAGGUGAUCUUUAAAAUUAUUUUAGUGCUCUGUGACAAGCAAUCUGCAGACCAAUGUGGCGCUUUUAAUGAUAUCGAUUUUGACAAAUAUACCUAAAAGUGAAGGUAGUCGCACACAAAUAUAUAGCAUAUAAUUUAAGAAAAAAAUAUGUAAAACUAAUUGACUAACUUUAUCUAUGAUAAAAAGUUCUUAGUUGAGAUUUAUGAACCAAAGAACAAUAAUCUGUACUUUCCCGUUCUUUAGUUAGAAUCUUAUAAGUUAAAAGACGCCGAUGCACAAUGGUGCAACAAAACAACUUAGCAAUUCUUUAUGUAUCUAUUUGUUCCGCAUUUUUUAGUUUUCUUAACGUGUCUACGAAAUAUUUCUUGUAGACGCGCUAGGAAAAUAUCAUUUUAGCAAAAUCAACCAGAAUAAGUAGGUACAUACCUUACUUAAUAAGAAUUCUUGCGUUACAAUUUAAGUAACCCACAACUUUCUUUUACCUCCUGAAUAUAUCGCGAGACCAGAAAGUACAAAAAUUUGAAACUGCGCUUUGUUCCAAUAAAAUAUUUAUUAAAAACUUCUAACGAUAUGUAAUUUCGUUCAUAAAAGAAAUCUCCCCUAGUUAAAAAUGUUACGUUCAUCAUUUUUCUUCUUAAAAUUUUCAUGGAAAUAUGAAAAAAAUGAUUAGAUUUUCCGCCAAUUUUCUCCGAUAGUUGUAAUUUAUUCAUAGUGUUGUGAUAUUGAAUAAAUAAUACCUAGAUACUAUUAUAUAUAUUGUUAUAGUAAUAAGUACGUAGUUUUUUAAGACAAAUUGAAAUAAAACAUUUUUAUAC